AUGACAGAAAAAGAAAUUGAAAUUUAUUACAAUACUGUUCUCGACAUUGUAUCUUUAGCAGGGAAAGUUGUAAAUGCAGGCUUUUCAGCAGCAAAACGUAUUGAAACAAAAGCUAGUGCAGCUGAUCUUGUUACAGAAUUUGAUCAACGUGUAGAAGAAAUCUUAAUAAAACAUUUACAAGAAAAAUUUCCAACACAUAAAUUUAUUGGAGAAGAAUCAUCUUCUGCUGGAGUUCAAACAGUAUUUGGAGAUGAUCCAACAUGGAUUAUUGAUCCAAUUGAUGGUACAACAAAUUUUGUACAUGGUUUUCCAUUUGUCGCUAUAUCUAUUGCACUUGCAAUAAAUAAACAAGUAGUAAUUGGUGUUAUUUAUAACCCAGUUUUGGAUCUACUUUAUACAGCUAUACAUGGCAAAGGUGCAUAUAGAAAUGGACGACCUAUCAAAUCUUCAGGACAAACUGAUUUAGCAUUGUCUCAGGUAGCAGGUGAAUAUGGUUCAAGUCGAGAACCUGAAGUAUUAACAGCUAAAUGUCAAAAUUUACGAGUUAUUAUUGAAAAAGUUCAUAGUAUUCGAGCUAUUGGUAGUGCAGCUAUGAAUUUAUGUUUAGUAGCUGAAGGAAGUUGCGAUGCUUAUUUUGAAUAUGGAAUUCAUAUUUGGGAUUAUGCUGCUGGUGAUUUAAUUGCUCGAGAAGCUGGCGCAUAUACAUGUGAUCCAUCAGGUGGUCCAUUGAAUCUUCUUCAUCGUUGUAUUUUAUGUACAGCAACAAAAAAACUUGCUGAACAAAUUUCUCCAUUACUUACUCAUGUUAAUUUUCCAGAUGAUUAG